AUGCUCGUCAGAACCCCUCACCUCCGCCGUCUCUCCACUCUCCCGACCUCCCUCAAAUGGCGCAACCAAUUCCGCCAGCGAGCCCUCGCCUCCCAAAUCUCCUCCCUCCUCCUCCAGCGCAAGGACUGGACCCCUCUCCUCCGAUCCAAACCCUCUCUCCCCACCCCCCUCGCCUCCAAUCUCUUCCUCCAAAUCCUCACCGGAACCCAAUCCCAGCCCGAGAUCUCCCUCCGCUUCUUCAAUUGGGCCAAAUCCAACCUAGGGUUCCACCCCGACCUUCGAUCCCUCUCCAAGAUGGUCCAAAUCCUCGUCGAUUCCGACAUCCUCUAUCCCGCGAAGCACCUCCUCGAUCCGCUUCUCCGAUCGGAGCCUUUUUCAGCGGUGCUCGAGUCCAUUCUCCGCGCCUCCACCUCUCAGGACUCCCAAUCUAGGGUUCUCAGUUUCGUUCUUGAAUCUUAUGCUAAUCUGGGAUCCAUUGUGAAUGGCUUGGAAAUUUUUAGAAAAAUUAGGGUUUUGGGGUGUCAGGCGUCGACCAGCGGCUGCAAUGCGCUGCUCGAUGCAUUGUCCUCUGCCGAUAGGAUCCGAACAGCGUGGUGUUAUUAUGCUGCCGUCGUCAGGACUGGGACUUUGCCGGAUUCUAAAACGUGGGCUCUUCUUGCUAAGCUUCUUUGCAAGGAAGGGAAGCUUGAGAGGGUUGUUGGGUUGCUGCGUUUGGGUUAUUGCGGUUCCUCGGCUUAUGAUUUGGUUAUAGACUGUUACUGUAGGAGAAGGGAGUUUGGAGCUGCCAUUGGCCUAUUGAAUGAGAUGUAUAAGGGGAACCUGAGGCCGAGCUUUGGUACUUAUAGCUCGAUUCUUGAUGGUGGAUGUAAAUUUGGGGAUGUUGGAGUCAUCGAUUCGAUGCUGAGAGAAAUGGUGGUGAGAGAAUUGUUGCCGACCGUCCCGGUCUUGGAUUAUGAUUGGGUUAUCAGAAGGCUUUGUGUGCAGGGGAAGACAUAUGCAGCAGAGAUGUUCUUUGAGAGAGCUCAGGAGAAAAAGAUUAAAUUGGAGAAGGAUUUAUACUUGUGUAUGCUGAGGGCAUUAUCCAAGGAAGGAAGAGUGGAAGAAGCGAUGAGAAUGUAUAGGGUUAUGUCAAAAGAGGGUGUUUCAGUGAAUCCCAAAUGCUGCGUUGAGUUCCUGAGUGGGAUUUGUAAGGGAGAGCCAUCGGAGGACGUCGAUGGAGUACUCAGGGAUGUGAUUGGAGGAGGUGGUUUUGUGCCUAAUGUUGCUGACCUUUCGAAGUACAUAGCUGCUCAGUGUAGUAAGGGUAGGUGGAAAGAAGCUAGUGAGCUUUUGGAUCUUGCUCUUGAGAAGGGUAUUUCGCUUGAUGCUUCUUGUUGUUGCACUUUGGUGGAGCAUUAUUGCAGCAAGGGGCUUCUUGAUUCUGUGAUUGGACUGCAUGAUAAGAUGAAGAAAUUAGGUGGAUGUUUCGAUGUAAAAUCUUAUCACUUACUUCUUAAAGCAUUGUUUGAGGGAAGGAGGAUUGAACAAACCAUCAGAGUUUUUGACUAUAUGCGAGAGAAAAAUGUGUUAAGUAGUCAUAGUUUUGUAAUUAUGAUAACCGCACUUUGUCGUGAAAAGGAGAUGAGGAAGGCCAUGAAUGUUCAUGAUGAGAUGCUGAAGGUGGGGCUUAAGCCUGAUGAUGCCACUUACAAGCAUCUAAUUUCUCGAUUUGUGUAA